AUGGAGAAACUCUUCUACAGUCCUGAACUUAUCACCUCCACCCCCUCCCCUGUCCCCGCCCCCUUUGCGCGCCUCGCCCUUCCCUCCCGCCCUCCCUUUUCCUCACACACGCACACGCACGGACCCGCAGGCUCCGCGGAGGGGGCGAAGCGAGUUCUGAGGCCCACCCCCGUCGGGCUGCUCACUGUGAAUAUGGGCUGUCAGUGCUCGUUCUUGCAGACGGGGUGA